AUGAAGACGGCAGUAGUGGAGGGGCAUGACAUCGGCGGCACAUGCGUCAACCGCGGCUGCGUCCCCUCCAAGGCGCUGCUGGCCGCCUCCGGGCGCGUCCGGGAGCUGCAGAACACCAUGCACAUGAAGGCCCUGGGUAUCCAGGUGGGGAGUGUGACUUAUGAGCGCCAGCCAAUUGCAGAUCACGCCACUAACCUGGCAAGUACAAUCCAGGGCAACCUGAAGCGCUCUCUCGAGACCAUUGGAGUGGACAUCCUUAUAGGCGCUGGAAAGCUCGUGGACAACCACACUGUCAAGUACAGUCUGCCAGGCCGUGUGGACGUUGGCGGCAGUGUAACAGCGCGCAACAUCAUCAUUGCGACUGGCUCCGUGCCCUUUGUGCCUCCCGGCAUCCCCAUUGAUGGCAAGACGGUGUUCACCAGCGACCAUGCGCUGAAGCUGGAGUGGGUGCCCAACUGGAUUGCCAUCAUCGGCUCGGGCUACAUCGGCCUCGAGUUCUCAGAUGUCUACACCGCCCUCGGCUCUGAGGUCACCUUCAUUGAGGCCAUGGACUCGCUCAUGCCCGGCUUUGACAAGGAGAUUGCCAGGCUGGCGCAGCGGCUUCUGAUCAACCCCAGGAAGAUUGACUACCACACCGGAGUCCUGGCCACCAAGGUCAUUCCAGGCGUGCCAGGGGUAAAGCCGGUGAUAGUGGAGUUGACGGACUUCAAGACAAAGGAGAAGGUUGAUGAGCUGGAGGUGGAUGCUGUCCUGGUGGCCACUGGGCGCGCACCCUACACCCAGGGGCUGAACCUGCCAGCCAUCAAUGCGGAGGUGGACAGGCGAGGCUUUGUGCCGGUCAGCGAGAAGAUGGAAGUGCUUGACAAGAGCGGCAAGCCCGUCACCAACGUGUUCUGCAUCGGUGAUGCCAACGGCAAGUACAUGCUGGCACAUGCGGCGAGCGCGCAGGGCAUCAGUGCCGUGGAGAACAUGUGCGGCCGACCCCACGUGCUCAACCACCUCAGUGUGCCCGCUGCCUGCUUCACACACCCCGAGGUGUCCUUUGUGGGCCUGACAGAGGAGGCUGCGCGCGAGCAAGCAGCCAAGGACGGCUAUGGCGAUAAGGUUGCCGUUGUCAAGACAUCCUUCAAGGCCAACUCCAAGGCGCUGGCAGAGAAGGAGGGAGAUGGCAUGGCAAAGAUGAUCUACCGCAAGGACACCGGAGAGAUCUUGGGAGUCCACAUCCUGGGCCUGCACGCAGCCGACCUCAUCCACGAAGCCUCCAACGCUGUCGCCACCAAGCAGAGAGUCCAGGACAUCAAGUUCAACGUGCACGCGCACCCAACGCUGUCAGAGGUGCUCGAUGAGCUUUUCAAGGGCGCGCACGUGGACUCAGCCCCAUCCAAGGUGUGCCCCUGA